GCCACAGCAUGUUCCACUCCAAGCUGCUCCAUCGGCUCCAUCUGCUCCUCAGCGUGGCCAGUGUCCUGGCUCAGUAUGAUCUCUAUGGAGACUUGUCGUACGGCGGCUCGGCGGAGUCGCAGCUGGAUUACUUGUUCACGGACAGCGACUACGACGUCAUUUGUCCGCCCGGCGGCAGCCCGGUGUGCGCCACGGACGGCAGCCAGUACCAGCGGUUCGGCAGCAAGUGCCGCCUGGACUCGCACAACCUCAAGCUGCUGUUCGCCGGCAGUCCGGAACUGACGCAAACGGAUCUCAUCUACUGCUCCUCGUACUCGGCUCUGGCCCCGUCCCCCUAUUAUCUGCGCGCCCCAGCGCAGCCUUCGGGCUACCCUGCGGUCUCGGGCUCCAGCUCGUUCGCUUAUGCCACGGCCCAUGGGCCCUAUGGCGCCAAGGCAUCCGCUGAGGCUCCAGGUCCCUAUGCCGUGGGAUCCGCCUCCUAUCCCUCGUAUCCGAAAAGCGCUCCGGCGUACAGGCCUUACGGCGGAGCGUAUCCCACAGUUACUGCGGCUCCGGCUAGUGUUUCCACAACGACCAAGGCAGCUCCUAGGUACCCUCCUAGGUAUCCCCCCAGGUAUCCGCCCAGGUAUCCCACUGUUGCCACAACUUCAACGUCUGCCCCCACAUCCACAUCUGCACCCACGGCGGCACCUACUGCUACAACCACUGAGGCAUCCACCGCUGCUCCAACAACAGCUGCACCCACUGAGGUAACAACAACCGCCGCUUCAACCUCUGCCUCCACGGAUGCUUCUACGGCUGCAUCCACUGAGGUAACAAGCACCGCAGCUUCAACCUCUGCCUCCACGGCUGCUUCUACGGCUGCUUCAACCUCUACCUCCACGGAUGCCUCAACGGAUGCUUCUACGGAUGCUUCUACGGCUGCUUCCACAACCGCUGCUCCCUCCGGCGAUCUGGUGAUCACGGAGACAAGCGGCACGGUUACCACCACCACCACCGUGACGCCGGGCACGAUCGAAACCUGUCCCGACACCUUUACCAGCUUCACCGUCCUCUUGAAUGGAGUGACGAGCACCGUCAGUGGCUGCAAGACUGUCACAACAACCUGAGGAGUGGCGAAUCCAGCGGGAAGUUGAGAAACCAGCAGCACCGUUGAGCGGUCAUAGAUUCAAUAUAAUUCAAAAUAGUUCAAAUCGAUCCGAUCCGAUCCACUGCAAUGUGCAGAGUGUUCCAUUUAAUGUAAUAAAACUGUCAGUAC